AUGGAAAGACAAGGAAGGCACCUAACUCUGGGAAAAUUCAAAGAAGUCUUCUUAGAGGAGGAGAACCGGUCACCUCAAGAUCUCAACAUCAAGAUCUCAGUUUCAACACAAUUGUUCCUAGUUCUCUUUUCAUUGCUUUUGGUGCUGCCUGUUGUUGAAGCAGUAGAAGCCGGAGAUGCAAUCGCUCUCUUGCUCAGUGUGGUUCUCAGCAUUACAGGCAUUUGUGCUUGUUUGGGGGUGUAUGCACGAAAGAGAAAUGGACAGAUGUGACUUUGAAGGGCCUCCUGAAUCAAACCUUGCCCUGAAAACCUUUGUGCUAUUGAGGUUCAGAACUGAGUU